GUUGAUGACAUUCCAGAUAAAGUGAAAACAAAUGUAAUGACUCUAGUUUUCCUGGACCAGCUAAUAGCUUUAGCAAACCUUAAAGUGACCAGGGUUUGUCAAGUGGAAGGUUGCGGGGAGGAUGUAAACAUCGUUGUACAUCACGUUGGAUCGGCAUUGUAUUUGAAAUGGGUUUGUGCUAAAUCUCAUGAAGCUGAGAAAUGGUGCUCUCAACCUCUCUUAAACAGGGGUCUACAUGCUGGAGACUUGAUGAUCUCAGCUGCCAUUCUUUUUUCGGGAAACAAUUUCCGAAAAAUGGAACUCUUUGCUAGGUUUCUGAAGUUAAGAUUUCCAGGGCAAUCAACAUUCACAAGACUACAGAACAGAUACCUUGUGCCAGCUGUUGAUGAGCUCUGGAAAGCAAAACAGGCGGAGAUAAUGGAUGAGCUAACUGACAAAAACCUCAUUAUUCUUGGGGAUGGUAGAAUGGACAGUCCAGGACAUUGCGCCCAGUACUGUACCUACACUUGUAUGGAGGAUAAUAGCAAAAAAAUCAUCUCAGUAAAGACUCUUGACAAACGAGAAACCGAGGGGAAAAGUGGCAACCUUGAGAAGGCCGGGUUCCUUAGAUGCUUGCAAGAACUCCAGGACAAGGAUUUGGUUGUGACAGAGGUUGUUACAGAUGCACAUCUCCAGAUUGGUGCCCUUAUGCGGAAAGAUUAUCCAGAUAUAAAACAUAGCCACGACAUAUGGCAUGCUGCUAAAAAUCUGGGGAAAAAAUUAAUUUCGGCAGGACAGGAUAAAAGUUGCAGCGAGUUGCAGAAAUGGUCCAGGGACAUUGUCAACCAUUUUUGGUAUGUUUGCAAAACUGCAGGCAACAUGGAUGAAUUCAUGGGGAUGUGGGUUGGUGUUCUGCAUCACGUGGUGGAUGAGCAUGAGUGGUUACUGCCUUACAGUGAAAUAGGCGUGAGUGCAUGUGCUCACGAUCCUUUGUCGGAAGCAACAGGAGACAAAGUGUGGAUGACAAAGGGCAGCCCAGCUCAUGAAGCUUUAAGGAAAGUUAUCCUGGACAAGCGCUUCCUUAACAACAUACACUAUUACCUAAAUUUUAGAAGUACAGCUGAUCUAGAAAGCUACCACAACGUCAUAUUGAUGUAUUCUUCGAAAAGAUACUCAUACAGUCCACCUGUAUACCGGGCCAGAAAUCUACUAGCAGCCCUGGACUACAAUCAAAAUGUAGACAGAGAGCCCAUCAAAAAUAAAGAUGGAACUGUGAGACUACAGAGAACAUUCAACAAGAAGUCAGGCAGGUGGACCGUGUAUCCAGUCAAGGAAAAGAAGACCUAUGAACAUGUAGAAAUGUUGAUUGACUGGGUACUGGCUAGGAGAAUUGAGGACAAGGAAGGGUUCCACAGACAGCAGGACCUGGAGGAGGGAGAUCCUAGACGACUGUCCAAGUCUAUUGCUCCUGUGCCGCCACCACCAACUGCAGAACUUGCCAGGGAACAGAGAUCUCGAUUUGAGAAAUGAACUCUUAAUUUUGUGUAUUUGUACAUAUUGAUGAAGUACCUGGUAGUCUUAUGAAAGAUUGCAAAAUAAUGAAAUCAACAAUUUUAGAAUUCUUCAAUAUUCUGUUUUGUUUUAAAAUAGAUUCUUCUGGGAAUUAAUUUUCCUUUAAUUCCAGGCAAUGUUGAACUUAGGCCAUUUCAAUUUUUUACUCGUAAGCACCCACUUCAUUUCUUUAGUCGGUGUAUAUUAAAAGAAAGUAUAUAUAUAUUUGAAAUAUACCUCACCCUACAUAUUCAAGACAAAAAUUUAGUAAGCUUGAUAGAAUUCAAAGACUUUGAAUAGAAUAAUUCAUUUCAGGUUUUUUUCUGACAUGGGGUGUCAAAACCAAGGCGCAUGUGGAUGCUAAACAAAUAAAAAUCUUGAAAUGAUCUAAGUUUGAACAAUAUAACCUGGACAUAGUUUUUUUUAAAGUUACAAUAUAACAGAAAAAAAAACCAUCAAGGAAUACCACUUUAUUUACAAAGAAAAUUUGCUUUCAAUGGUACCAUCAUCAAUACUGGUGAUUAGGAACACAAAACAAACAUUGAUUUUAACAUAAAAAUACAUCUUUUGUUGACAAAUCAUCUAGUAUUAGAGACUGAUGAGCCAGAGCAAUAUUAAGUCAUCUUAUCUGAGAAUUGACACUGCUUGGGGAAUAAUGUUUAUACAUGUAAUAAAAAACUUAAAAUGUAAAAAACUUUUAUGUAAUAAAAAAUUAUAAAUGUGGCCUUGCCUCUCUUGACAUGAAAACUGAUAAUUCCUUUUUAAACUUUGAUCCACUAUUAUAUCACCAUACCUCUCAAUUCAAAAGAUGAAAACAAGUAAUUAAGUAGAAAUACACAAUAAGGUGAAAAUGCUGUAAAGCCAAGUACUAAUCUGACAAUCCUUGUGCACAAAGCCAAAAGUAAAAUAUAUACAAAUUUUGAACAAAUACUUUGGGACAUCCAAAUGAUCGUAUCAAAUUUACAAGUAUUAUGCACAAUGCAUACAAUAGCAAGACACUUGCAAAGCAGAAAGU